AAUUCUUUGCACUAGAACGAGACUAGUAUCCUGUCGCAAAAACCAUGGUAAAGCGGAAAGCUGAGAAGAUGGAUGAGCAAAGGAUCUUGAAAAAGUUCAUAUCAGAGAGAACGAGUGGUGCGGAACAAUCCUAGCCCAGCUCGACUAUUAGCAAUUUAUGGAGGCACGACCUUUCUUGUCUACAUCGAGACAAAUGGAUUUGUGAAGAGUACACCUGCGGUACUUCUAAGUUUACCAGUGGCAGCAUUGUGUCUUCUUACUCUAACCACUACAAUGCAACCAGAACAAAAGAUUACAACAUCGGCAUCUUUUGCUGUGUUAGCGUUAUCACGUUACCUGCUUGCCGGUGAUGAGUCGUCAUGGACAGCGAUGAUGCUCGGAUAUUUGCUUGUAUCCGUUGGGAAUCUCUUAUAUUGCUACUCAUUCAGCUCACAAAUUCGUUUGUGGUCUAAUCAGUUAGCCAUUGUUGUGUCUGUGUACCUUGUAGUUCUAUGUUACCACUGCUUUGCCGACUUAGUAAUGUCUAUACCUUCCUUGGUGAUAGUUUUACUUCUUGCUUUGGCUUCUUCUUGCGUCACUAUCGUAGGAGCCGGAUCGGUAUGUCAGUACGGACAUGUUGGUGACUACGAUUCUAACCAGGCCUCAUAUAUUCGUCUAGUUGGAGCAAUGUGUCAGACAGCAGGCAGCUCUCUGUUCGUUUACAACUUAUUUGGUGAAAGAUCCGACACUUUGCAAAUGAUAUCGAGAUUUUCAUUCUAUUUUGCCCAAGGUCUUCUUUUUUUCGCAAACGAAAGGACUUUCUAGAUACUGUGAUAAGUUACUAUACUGGUGUUGUCAUAUUGCAUUUUGUUAGCGGGCUACUUACUCUUGUCAUUUGAUUGAUUGUAGCAUUUUUUAUACGAUUGCACUAUAAUGAGUCAUCGAGCUUAAUAAACUUAUACGCUGUUUAUGUGAAGCGAU